AUGGGUACUCCAUCUUCAUUACCCAUAAACCCUAACCCCAGCCCCAGUCCGCCAUUACCUCAGUCCCCACCACCACAAACGCCGCCAUUACCACAAUCACCACCACCUCAGUCACCGCCCCCGCCUCCAAGCCAAAUACCACCUCUCAUUCCGCCGACUCCCCUCUCGCCGCAAUCCGAGCCACAAAAUGAAACACAAAUUCCUGACACCCAUUCCCCAGAACCUGCGCCUACCCAAACAAAAACAAAAGGGAAAACAAAAAGGGCCGCAGGUAGACUUAAAGAAACCCCUGUCGGAAAAAGGAAACGAGUACCCUCUAUCCCUUUCGACUUAAACUCACCACCUCAGUCCUCUGAACCAGUUAGCAAAAGGACUAGGUCUUCCUCGCAAACCCCAGCACCAGCGGUCCAAACACCAGUAACCCAGUCUCCCUUACAUUCUCCAGCACCUGCGUCAUCUGCAGAUACUAUAGAGGAGGAUUCGGGGUAUAAAAACAUUGAGUGGCAAGAAACCGCUUAUGACCCUGUUCAAUUCUGGAAAGAUAUUGCACCAUUUGGAGUUUCUGGGGAAUCAUACAUAGACAAAGACCAUGUUGCUUUGCAUAUGGAUGUUUGUGAGAAAAUAGGCCACACAUAUGCUCUGUACAAAGACUCGACACCCCAUCAUCAAAACCCCACCACUUUUGCAACUGCAGAACCACAACCAACCUCUACCCCACACUUCUCAGCAGACAUGUUAUCCAUCUUAAAAUCCUUGGAAUCCAGGAUAACAAAUUUCACUGUCCAACCAUCUGCUCCCUCACCUGAUACCACAGAAAUUCUUGCUUCCUUGAAAAACUUAGAAAUCAAAAUUGAAGCCAUGGGUCAAGAGCAGAACCUCAGCAGCACUCGAUGCAAAGAACAAAGGCUUGAUAGCAGAACUUGA